CUUUUUGAAUUCAGAUCGAACAGCAGGCUGACAUGCCCUAUGGAUUACAAUGCAUCAGCUGUCAACACACAAAAGUAGCCCUAUUUUGAAAACUGCAAUAUUAUAUCGCUCUCGGUGGACCAUGUUUUACGUUUGAUUAAGAUCAGCAGAUUUUGUUGAUUUUGAAAGGGGAACGUGGAAGAUAAAAUUGGGGGGACUGAACUCCAGCCUUGCUUGUAACAACGAUAGCUGGCUAAUUAGCUUGGGACCAAGCUAGCAUUCGCCUGUAUCUUGCUAAACUGGUCGAUCACCCAGUUUAGCACAGGUACAAUCAUACUUCUGUUAUUGACUAUCUGCUGAUAACGAAAACGUUUGGACAGUUUGGUGCCUCUGUUGCUUCCUGUCAUGGCUGACAGCAGCAUAGUGACUUCUGGGAUGGCAAGGAGCAUUCUGGUCGAUUCGUCGGUCUAUGACUCAAGGAUGGCUGAAACCACAAAGGACCAUGGGUUUCUGGGUCCUGCAAUGGAUGACGCCGAAGACAUGCUGCCAAGGUUGGAGACCAGGAUAAUUCUUGUGGGAGAGGCCUCCAGAAAUGAUCUUCUGAUCCAAGCUCUGAAGGCCGUCAAGGUAAUGGAAGUCCUGGUUGUAAAGAUAAGAGGAGCCGAGUCUGGUCCCGAGGAGAAAUUGAUGAUAAAAUCUAUAGUCAAUAUGGACAUUAACAAACCGUGCCUAAUGACGGACAGCGUCCAGGAGUUUGCAGACGGGGAGAACGCAGAGUUUGAGUCUGUGUACGUCCUCGCCAGUUUCGACUCACCCGACUACAGCUACCUCUAUAAGCGUGAUAACCGGAUCGUGGGGCCCCCUGUGAUUCUGCACUGCGCCGCCAAGGAAGAGCCGCUGCCGUUCUCCUGCCGCCCGCUCUACAGCACCACCAUGAUCAAUCUGUCCCUGUGCUUCACCGGCUUCCGGGACAAAGAGGAGGUGAAGACCCUGGUCAACCUGGUCCAUCACAUGGGCGGAACCAUCCGCAAAGACUUCAGCACCAAGGUCACUCACCUCAUCGCCUACUCGACGCACGGGGAGAAAUACAAGUUGGCAGUAUGCAUGGGGACUCCCAUCCUCACCCCGUCCUGGAUACGCAAGGCCUGGGACAGCAGGGACUACGUGUCUUUCCAAGCCGACGACGAGAAGUUCCGUACAGAUUUCAAAGUGCCCCCGUUCCAGGACUGUGUCCUCAGCUUCCUGGGCUUCUCUGAGGAGGAUAAGGCCAACAUGGAGGAGAGGACCCUCAAACAUGGGGGCACCUCCCUGGAGCUGGGGGACGAACGGUGCACACACAUGGUGGUGGAGGAGAACUCUGUGAAGGAGCUGCCCUUCACGCCCACUAAGAAACUCUAUGUUGUCAAGCAGGAGUGGUUCUGGGGAAGCAUUCAGAUGGAUGCGCGAGCAGGAGAGUCCAUGUACUUCUAUGAGAAGGAUGAGAGCCCGGCCAUGAAAAAGGCGGAGUCCCUCCUCUCCCUCAACACGCCCAACAGCAACCGCAAGCGGCGGCGGCUGCGGGACACGCUGGCCCAGCUCACCAAGCAGACGGAGAUCUCGCCCUUCCCGCCGCCCCGCAAGAGGCCCUCGGCCGAGCACUCCAUGUCCAUGGGCUCCCUGCUGGACAUCUCCAACACCCCCGACAACUGCAAAACUCUUGCAGAGAGUUCCAAGCCCAACAAGAGUUCAACACCGAUGCUAACCAAACAGUCUGCUCGGUGGCAGGUCACUAAGGAGCUCCAUCAGACCGAGAGCAACUACGUGGACAUCUUGAAUACCAUACUAAAGCUCUUCAAGAUCCCGCUGGAGAAGGAAGGGCAGGUAGGGGGCCCGAUUCUGGCCCAGGAGGAAAUAAAGACCAUAUUUGGAAGUAUCCCCGACAUUUACGACGUUCACAGAAAGAUCAAGGCUGACCUUGAGGAGUUAUUGAAUGACUGGUCAGAGGACAAGAGCGUAGGAAACAUCAUCCUCAAAUAUUCCAAAGAGAUGCUCAAGACCUACCCGUCCUUCGUCAACUUCUUUGAAAUGAGCAAAGACACCAUCGUCAAGUGUGAGAAGCUGAAGCCACGUUUUCACGCGUUCCUCAAGAUCAAUCAGUCCAAGCCAGAGUGUGGGAGACAGACUCUUGUCGAGCUUCUCAUUAGGCCAGUGCAGAGGCUGCCCAGUGUUGGCCUUCUGCUCAAUGACAUAAAGAAGCACACCUCGGAUGACAACCCCGACAAGAGAACCCUGGAGAGAGCCAUAGAGGCUCUGAAAGAAGUCAUGACUCACAUCAAUGAGGACAAGCGGAAAACAGAGGGCCAGAAGCAGAUCUUUGACGUGGUGUAUGAAGUCGAUGGCUGCCCUGCCAACCUGCUGUCGUCCCACCGCAGCCUGGUGCACCGCGUGGAGACCAUCGCCCUGGGAGACCAGCCCUGCGACCGCGGAGAGCAGGUCACACUCUUCCUCUUCAACGACUGCCUUGAGAUUGCCAGGAAGCGUCACAAGGUGAUCAGCACAUUUAAGAGUCCUGUGGGACAGACCAGGCCGCCAGCCCAGCUUAAGCACAUUAUGUUGAUGCCACUGUCCCAGAUCCGCAAAGUGCUGGACCUACAGGACACCGAGGAGUGUGUGAACGCCUUCGCCCUGGUGGUACAUCCGCCCACUGAGCAGGAGAACCUGCUGUUCAGCUUCCAGCUGACGGGAGAGGAGACGGUGAAGAGCGACUGGCUUCGCACCCUCUGCCGACACGUCGCCAACACAAUCUGCAGGGCCGACUCGGACGACCUGAUCCAGAGAACUAGUCCCGAGCCCCUCCAGGUCAGCACCAAGGACAUGGACAGCACCUUGAGCAAGGCCUCCCGAGCCAUCAAGAAGACCUCCAAGAAGGUCACGCGGGUGUUCUCCUUCAACAAGACGCCCAAGCGGGUCAUCCAGAGGGCCUUCAUGGCCAACGGCACGACGGAGGAGAUGAGCCCCAGGCUGAGCGCCGAGAGCCGCUUCGCCAGCAGUUCCACCCUGGCCGCCCGUCAUUCGCCCUCUAUGGUCAGCCUGCAUUCCGUGUUCGAGCGAAAGUACCACACCUUCAGCCGAUCCACCACCCACCUCAUCUGAACAUCUACCACAAUCCCCAACAAUAAUAUAUAUAUUCUUGGUCCAUAGUGAACAAACCGUAAUGCCAGCAUGGUUCAAAUGUGAUGCUUUGGUCGUAUCGGCAUUUGUCCGGGCCGUCCCACCAGUCUUGUGGCGUCUAAUAGGUUCUAUAUUAGAUCUUAUCGAGUUCAACCCCAUCAUGCUAUUUCUAUGUGUGUUUCUAAAUGUAUUUCCUUUAUUCCGUUGACUUUACCUAAUGGCUUCUGAACGUGGAGGAUGCUUGCUCCAUCCAACAGCAUGGCCUGUGACCCAAAUGUGAGGUUCUCCAAUGGUAUUGCACAGUGUUAGGGGCCCGCUUUGGAUGAACGCAGGCACUACCGGGGUAUAAUCUACCAUUUUGAUCAAUGAAGGAUAUCGGGCUCUUAUUUUUUUAUUUUAUUUCGGUAUUAGUUGCAUAGCUUGUUGGAGACAGUCUUUUGAAAUAUCUAUAUUCACUGAACAUUUUAUCCUUAGCAACGUAGAUACAGUUCACCUAACAGCGAUAAUUUGAACAAUUAUUAACAAUUUGAGUGUUGUGUUUCGUGAAGGUUCCUACUUUGCCUCCAGCUUUCAUAAAGCUGGCUUUAUGUUUUUAGCUUUGUUGACUCAGCGGAUCAAGUCGAACUGUUGUUACCCUUCUGCUUUUAAAAUUUUUGGUCUUUUCCUUUUCUUAUGUUUGGUCAGAGGAAGGGAUGCUGCAUCAAGUAUAUAUUUAGUGUUGUAGAUUUAAUGUUCUCCUCGUUUCUAUGUUUUCAGUCAUCUGUUUGUUUUUCUACUUCAUGUUGUUUGUUACUUUUGUGGUAUAUAUUGUCUAAUUUGGGGUUUUAAUUGUCUAUUUUCCUUGACUGUUAUAUAUUUAAUGCACUUCCACAUUGGAGAUUGAAGUUUACUCAUUAUACUGCCUCUUGAGUUUCCAUUGAGAUUUAGAUUAUUUCCGAUAUACAAUGGGAAACGGGACUAAUUCACAUUUUCAGUCCGUACAGAACACUGACGUUGUUAUGCCAAGUCUGUAAUGUUAUGGUUGAAAAUGCUUUUACUUCAAUAAAAGUCCAUUUCAUACAAUCUUUAUUUUUUUGUAUCGGCUAA